AUGAAAAGGCUUUGUAGGACGGAAAAUCGGUGUCGCCUUGGUGUUGCAAAGGCGAAAGAGCAUUCCAUUGCUGCCUUUCAGAGUGGCGACUACUCUUGCCCACUGGAUUGUACAUCAUCUUGCAAAGCAAACGUGCCAAUGAAGCCUAUGCACACACGAGGAUGGAUUGUCGCCCGUGUCAGGGGAGAGGGGUCGUACACUGCAGACCAUUCAUCACCAGCCACCACCCGCUUUGGGCAUUUGUUGACCUUCACUCGCUUGUACCGGCUGGGAGACCAUCUCGAAGGGCUGACCACGACGACUCCUCGCUCGAGUGACUCGGCCGCGUCUCGCUGGCACUCGAGCUGCCGUUUCGUCCAUUUCGCACGGCCCGCCCCACCCCACGAGACCUCUCGACACGGUGGAUGCCCGGCGCCUGUUGCCGCCUCACUUUCACAGACCUGCAGACCAGCCCGGCGUCUGAAGGGCUCGUCGAUCAGCCCAACAGGAUGGCAGCGCAAGCAGGACUGGAGGCCAUCGCAUGUCAACGAUGGCGAGAGCGAGGGCGAAGGCGAGGGCGAGGGCGAGGGCGAGGGCGAGGGUAUGGGCGAUGUCUUGAAGGUGGAAAUUGCGAGGAGGGACGAGCAGAAGCCGACCGGCCAGGCGCGACGCGAAACAGCCUCCGGUUCUGGCCCAGUCUGCACCAGCCAAGCAAAGCAAGCCGGGCCACUUCGCACGACCGACUGCCGCCCGACUCGCUCGCUUGUCUCACCUCGUCGGCAUGACUCAUCCCACAGGCGUGGUCACUUCGGCUCAGCCGACCUGCACCUGCGCCGUCUUGACACGCCUUUCUACGCCGCCAUUCAAUCCGAGGCUGCGUAUCGAUCGGCCUCCUCCACCCUCGGUGGCUACCAGCCAAUCCGAGCCGUCCUCGUGACUGUGGCCUGCAUAAAAAGGAAUGAGGCGGCAAAGCUGGCGCCCAUUCCACCACCCUUGCCCUCAUCCACACCGCUCCAUCCUGGUUUCCAGCUUUUGUUGCCGGCUCCUCUUCCCGUCUCAUCACCCUCCCUAUUUUCGGCUUGA